AUGGCGGAAACGGAAGAGCGUCCUUUAAAAAUGAGGAAGCUCGAACCCCUCAACGAUAUCAGUAACUCCCAGACGGAUGGGCAAGGUCACAUUGACAAUGAUUUAAAAGCCCCACAACAAACCAUUGAGAAACGGAAAACCGAAAGCGUCAUAUCCUCAGACUCAGAACAUGAAGAACAAGAACAAGACGCUAGCCAAAAUAGAACAGCCGGUGGUCUUGCGGGCGACUCGGGGACCCCCUCUAUGUCCAAGAACCAAUUGAAGAAGCUUCGUAGGAAGGCCGUGUGGGAAGCCGGCAAAGACUAUCGAAAGGAACAGAAGAAGUCCAAGAUAACUGCGAAGAGGGCUCAACGAGCAGAAGAUAAGGCUGCAUUGCUCGCCAGUGGCAUAGACCUAGCCGCCCUGGCGAAACCACGUCCGACACCAUCAACACAAGUUCCCGUAACGCUACUAUUGGAUUGCGAUUUCGAUAGCUAUAUGACGGUUAAGGAGGUUAUGAGCUUGGGUCAGCAGAUUACGAGGUGCUACAGCGACAAUAAGCAUGCGAAAUACCGGGCGCACUUGGUUGUUAGCAGCUUUGGCGGGCGACUAAAAGAAAGAUACGAGACGGUGCUGUCGAACCACCAUUUAGGUUGGAAGGGCGUUACAUUUUCGGAGAAGUUUUUUGUCGAGGCAGGAAAAGAUGCCCAUGAUGUUAUGAUUGGGCCCAAGGGGGGGAGGGUAAAGGGCGCGUUGCUAGACGCUUUACUCCCAACCGAUAACAUCCCGGUGACGACGGCUCAAGAGCCAGGAACGAGCGAAGAAAUCCAGCAACCAAACGAGCCAGCCUCUGAACCAGAAAAGCAAACUACAGCCCAGCCUCCUCAGGCCGCGAAUGGCCCCGGGUCAUCAAUCCCUUCCGAACCAGUAUUGACACCCCAGAUUCCCGAUAUCCCAAUUCCAACUGCUCCUCAAAUUGUGUACCUCUCUUCCGACUCCGAGCACACCCUCAAUUCACUCUCGCCAUACACCAUCUAUGUCAUCGGCGGCAUUGUGGAUAAGAACCGCCACAAAGGGCUCUGCCACAGGCGGGCCAACGAGCUCGGCAUCCCGACAGCGAAGCUACCCAUUGGAGAGUAUAUGCAGAUGCAAAGCCGCACAGUACUAACAACGAACCAUGUGGUUGAGAUCAUGGCGAAUUGGCUGGAAACGGGGGACUGGGGGGAGGCAUUCUUGAAGGCGAUUCCAAAGAGGAAGGAGGCAGUAUUGAGGAAAGGUAGAAAGAAACAGAAGCUAGAGAACGAAAAAGAAGGCGAGGAUGAAGGGGGAGAUGAUGCCCAGGAAGAAGAUACGAUAGAGAUGGAUGAAACGAAUAAUGACGAAGCUGCACCCGAAAUUUCAGAAGGGCAGAAUGCUGGGGCGGCUGAUGAGACAGUUUAA